GGGGGCCCGGCCGGCGCGGUGCCUUCCCCCCUUCUGCAGCCAUCUGCAUAUUUUUUCUUUCUUUUUCGCAAUUUUGAAUAUUUUGCAGGACGAGGGGUUCGAGGCAGGUGAGAGCAUCCUGCACGUCGCCGAGGAGCCUGCGGGCACUUGGCGCGCUCUCCGGGGAUCGUCUGCCCUGGGAACCCGAAAGUUUUUUGUUUUUAUUUUCUUAUGCAGAUGUAUUUAUAAAGAUAUAAGUAAUUUUUUUUUUCUUGUCUCCACCGCCUUGAAAGGGAGAACUCUUGGCAAAGGACGGAGGAAAAAGCUCAGCAACAUUUUGGGGGGCGGUUGGGUGUUGUUUUUUUUUUUUUUAAAGAAAAACAUUUGAGUGCAUCGCGAUGGAGAAAAUGUCCCGACCGCUCCCCCUGAAUCCCACCUUUAUUCCGCCUCCCUACGGCGUGCUCAGGUCCUUGUUGGAGAACCCGCUGAAGCUCCCCCUUCAUCACGAAGACGCAUUUAGUAAAGAUAAAGACAAGGAAAAGAAGCUGGAUGAUGAGAGUAAUAGCCCGACGGUCCCCCAGUCGGCGUUCUUGGGACCCACCUUAUGGGACAAAACCCUUCCCUAUGACGGAGAUACUUUCCAGUUGGAAUACAUGGACCUGGAGGAGUUUUUGUCGGAAAAUGGCAUUCCCCCCAGCCCGUCUCAACAUGACCACAGCCCUCACCCUCCCGGGCUGCAGCCGGCUUCCUCCGCUGCCCCCUCCGUCAUGGACCUCAGCAGUCGGGCCUCUGCAGCCCUUCACCCUGGCAUCCCGUCCCCAAACUGUAUGCAGAGCCCCAUCAGACCAGGUCAGCUGUUGCCAGCAAACCGCAAUACACCGAGUCCCAUUGAUCCUGACACCAUCCAGGUCCCUGUGGGUUAUGAGCCAGACCCGGCAGAUCUUGCCCUCUCCAGCAUCCCUGGCCAGGAAAUGUUUGACCCUCGCAAACGCAAGUUCUCUGAGGAAGAACUGAAGCCACAGCCCAUGAUUAAGAAAGCACGCAAAGUCUUCAUCCCUGAUGAUCUGAAGCAGGAUGACAAGUACUGGGCCCGGCGUAGGAAGAACAACAUGGCAGCCAAGCGUUCCCGCGACGCCAGGCGGCUGAAGGAGAACCAGAUCGCAAUCCGGGCGUCCUUCCUGGAGAAGGAGAACUCGGCCCUGCGCCAAGAGGUGGCUGACUUGCGGAAGGAGCUGGGCAAAUGCAAGAACAUACUUGCCAAGUACGAGGCCAGGCACGGGCCCCUGUAGGAUGGCUUCCUGUGGGCUGGCUUUCCAGUAGAUGGACAGUGUGUUUCCCGCCUGAGAGCACCACAUCCGAACCAACCUUUCUGACAUCAGCACUUUACCAGAGGCAUAAACACGACUGACUCACAUUCUGGUGUGCGUGCGUGCGCGCGCGUGCUUGUGCUCCCGUGUGGUCCGCGGUGCGCGCGCGCGCCUUUCCACUUGCCGUGUUAAGGUAGCCCUCUCCUCAUCUUUCAGCUCCGAAAAAGAAAGGUGCCGUGUUUUUACUGGACUGUGGAGACGCCUCAUGGGGUCUCCUGCCCCGCCCCCCCCUCCUGCCCCUUCCCGUGUCACUAUCUGGUGGCUCCCGCCUGCUCUUCCAGGACCCUCUGCUGGACUCCACCAAGCAGGGCCCUGGUAAAAUAGUAGAUCUCAGUUGUCAAGACUAUGAGCUCUUGUUUCUGUUUAUUCUGUAAGUUACCAUGCUAAUAAGGUGCACAAAAAUCACUUAGCACUACACUGCAGCUCUCUCUCAAUCUCUCUCAAUCUCAGUCUCUCUUUCUCUCUCUCUCUUUCUUCAGUUAUAGGUUGCUUUCCUCAUAUUUUCAGUUUUGGUGAUAAUUGUCUUCAAAUUUCAAGUGCUGUUUAGAUUUAUUAGAUCCCAUAUUUACUUACUGGUAUUUACUAAGUUUCCUUUUAAUUCUACAAACCCCAGGUAAGUAAGAGUACUAUUCUAGAACACAGAGUGUGUUUUUGCACCGUCUGUACCUAAAGCAAUAAUCCUAUUGUACGCUAGAGCAUGCUGCCUGAGUAUUACUAGUGCACAUAGGAUAUGUUCCCUAAGAAUUUCACUGUCUUUUAAAAAACAAAAAUUACAGUAAUGCAUUUGAGCAUGCCCAGAACAUCCCCAGGACAAGGAAGCAGAGGGAAAUGCCAGGUCUAAGAAUGAGGGAUUAAUUUAUCAGUGUAGGAGCCACAAAAAAAAAAAAAAAAUUGCAUCUUGGAACAGCUUUUGACAUUGAUGUUUGCUUUUGUUUUCUCUGUUCUCCCCCCGACACACACACUUUUCUAGUUCCCUCUUUCCAUAUCCCUCUUGAUAUUCAAAACAAUUACUUAAGAUUCAGUUUUCCCCAUUUUUUGGUAAUAUAUAUAUUUUUGUGAAUUAUACCUUGCUGUUUUUAAAAAUCAGUUAAUUAAGUUAAUGAGUUGAUGUUUUGUAAGACCCUUUUUCCUAGUGGUGUCAUUUUCGAAUGCUUCAUAAAUUAAUGAUUCUGGAGCUUAUGUUUCUUAUUUUCUGUUUGCUUUUUGAAAGUAUGUGCUAUUAUCAAGAGGACUUGUGAAAAAUGAAUGUAAAAGACACUGGUGUAUCUCGGAAGAGGAUGGUGUUGUCACAAACUGUGGUUAAUCCAAUCAAUUUAAAUGUUUACUAUAGACCAAAAGGAGAGAUUAUUAAAUUGUUUAAUGUUUAUACAGAGUAAUUAUAGGAAGUUCUUUUUUGUACAGUAUUUUUCAGAUAUAAAUACUGACAAUGUAUUUUGGAAGACAUAUAUUAUAUAUAGCAAAGAGAAAAGGAAAACUAUUCCAUGUCUUAAAAUUAUAUAGCAAAGAUAUAUAUUCAUCAGUGUUGUACAGAAAAGAAGCGCUUGGUGGUUUUUGAAGUCUUUAAUAUUUUAAGCCUGUCACUGAUACAUCAGCAUGUUUUUUGCUUUAAAUUAAAAUUUUAUGACAGUAUCGAAGCUUGAUGUGACGAAUCCCGCUCUAAAAUAUAUAAGGAGCUUUCUUGUUUCCUAUUAGGUCUCAGAAAGAAGUCAGUUAACGUCACCCAAAAGCACAAAGUGGAUGUUAGUCAAAUAUUUAUUGGCUGAUACAGUGGGUUUUUUUAGGAAAAGCAUCUGCCAUGAAAACGUUCACUUCAAAGUUACGAGUUUCUGGAAUGAAAUAUCACUGCAAGCACCCCAAACAAUUCUGUUCCCCUCUGUGGGCACGUGCGUCUUAUGCAGUAUAAGGUUGAUAUUGGUGUUAUGUGUAUGGUUUAUAAUUUGGUAGAUGUUUUGACCUUAAAGAUGAUUGUUCUUUGUUUGACCGAGUUGUGUAAUGUCAAGAGAUUCUGCUGUUAUUGCAAAGAAACAUUUUGUGCUAGAUUAAAACACCCUUUCACCAAUGGGAUUUUCUAGUC